GAUGCUGUUGGGGGGUGCGUUGACCCGAUUGUUAAAGGCCUGGGCGACUGCGGCAAGAGACGACAUAGUGGGCUUGGGGGCGAGGGAUCUUUUGCCAUCCGCCCAAGCACCCAUAAGCCGAGCGACUUGGUUGCUGCGACUCAACUACCAGUGAUGUUGAUUGAGCUGGAACCCGAGCGAUAGACGUUUAGGACCCGUCAAUACCUAAAGAAGCACAAUUCUGACCUUGGAUAAUGUGCCCCUUUCCAAAGAGAAGGCGGAUCUGAGCACCACGUUGUUAGCGCAGGACAACCAACGAAUAGGGAGCAAUCGAGCAAGGCUUUCCCAGCCCCUCCUUAACACAUCAUCAGCUUGUGAGGGUCUUCCCACUUUUCUGUCUGACCCACGACAAUUCCCUCUCGAGAAACCAUCCUCAAUCUUGACAAAAGGCCUUGAGAUUGGUUUACCAUCGCCAAAACACCACAAAACCAAGAAAAGCGGCUCGGCGCUUGUGCAGUGUGGUUGCCCCUCGCGACCAAUCCAUCCAACCCGGCGUCAGCGGCAAAGGAAGUCAACACUUGUGCAGCAGGAAACCAAGAACUGUUGCUCUCUUUCCCUUUCUUCAACACCUAUUAUACAUUCCAGAUCCCACCCCCCCUUCUUAACUCACCCGGCAUAUUGAAACUGUCUUUACCAGCCCUUUUACCGCAGCGGCAAUCUUCCUUUUGUGUGUCUUGUCUCGCUGGCCGACUUUCCGCGCGGGUUUUCCAUAUCGAUUUUUACAACACUAUAUCAGAUUGAAGAGCACAUUGCCCGCGACGCUGCGGCGGCAAAGCAAAAUUUCCUAGUGUUUUCCGGGGAUUUUCACUUGAAGCAGAAAGGAGAAAAAACUAGGUCAAUCUCAGUUUCGCUUCUCCGUCAGGCGCCAUGACGGCCGAUUACAACGAUGGGCCGGCCGUCGCCCUUUCUUGUAAGUUUGAUGGAGCUGGACAGCUUCCGAAGGGGGAUUCAACGACUGACUUUUUCCGAUAAUAAUAGUCGCCAACAACUUCUGGGGUAAAGACGAUGCCGGUGUCGGACCCCUGCUCGAGCGCAUGGCAAACGCCAAGCUCACAUGCGAUGAACUCAAGAACUUCUACAGCGCUCGCGCAUCUAUCGAAGACGAUUACGCCCGAAAACUACUCUCGCUAUGCCGCAAGAACCUGGGUUCGCAGGAGACGGGAACUUUGAGACAGUCGCUGGAUAUUGUCCGGGCUGAAGUCGAGUCGAUGGGCAAACAGCAUCAGCAUAUCGCGCAGCAAAUGAAGAGCGAACUCGAGGAACCCCUGGCUGCGUUUGCUGGUGGGAUGAAGGAGCGACGAAAGAUUGUGCAGAACACGGUGGAGAAGCUGCUCAAGACCAAGGUGCAGCAGACGCAGAUGGUCAACAAGACGAGAGACAAGUACGAACAGGAGUGUCUCAAGAUCAAGGGCUACCUCGCGCAAGGGCACAUGGUCAUGGGCCAAGAGGAGAGAAAGAAUAAGGCGAAGUUAGAGAAGACACAGAUCAGCUUGGCUGCCUCCAACGCCGAGUACGAGGCUGCGGUCAGGGCGCUGGAGGAGACAACGGCGAGGUGGAACAGGGAGUGGAAGGCGGCGGCUGACAAGUUCCAGGAUUUAGAGGAGGAGCGCUUGGAUUUCACCAAGAGCAGCCUCUGGCAGUUUGCGAAUAUUGCGUCGACUGUCUGCGUUAGUGACGACUCUUCCUGCGAAAAGAUCAGGCUGUCCCUGGAACAUAUGGAGGUGGAGAAGGACAUAAUAACAUUCAUCACCGAGAAGGGGACUGGUCAGGAGAUUCCGGAUGCGCCAAAGUACAUCAACUUUUGCCGGGGGGAUAUGGAUUCCCAGUCGGAGGUGUCGGACGAUGAUAAUUAUUCGGUCGCGCAGUUUUCGAGGAGUAUAAACCCGGCUUUCCGCUCUUCGUCGCCACAACCCUCGACUUUUGAGUCUCAUCACGAUCCGAACUCGGCAUUGGCACGGAAGCUUCAUGGUGAUCCUGAGCCGGCACGAGGCCAAGCGGCGGCGUUACCUCAGAAGGCGAUUGCUGCUGCGGUCCCGGUUAUUCCCCAGCAAGACUUGAAACAAGAUCAACGGAGGGCAGCGCCUAGAGGCUAUCAGUCUCCUCAAGCCAGCAACAUGGACUACGACCCCAACGAGUUCGCGCCUGUUCCUCACGAUCCCUACCCAAUGGAUGGCAUGACCAUGCUCUGCCGGCCCACAGCUUCAGACCUCAGCACGGCGCCAUCUGCCACAUCAGCCCGACCCUCUAGCAGAGGCUCCCACAGCGAGACGUCCUUCUCUAGUCAAGAACCGCCCCAGCAAGCCAUGGCGCCCGUCAAACAGCAGCAGCAGCAGCAGCAGCCACUAGCCCAACAGCGCCAACCCCCUGUCCAACAACAGCAACAGCAACCACCUCAACAACUCCAACAACAGCAACAGCCCCAACAAGGCAGUGAGUCCCCCGACAAAAAGGUCCUUAAGAAGAAGAGCGGGUUCUUUGGAAACAACAGUCCCUUCCGCAGAAAGAGCACCAAGGAAGUCGCCCCCAACAGCAGAAACACCUGGCACCCCAGCAACAACCAGCGUCCCCAGCUCACGGGGGCUUUUAACAAGAGCAACGACCAGGUCAUCACCCCCGACCGAAGCGUCAGUCCCGAUCCCAUUGCUGCCAAUGCUAGCCUCGCACUCAACGUGGGAGGAAACGUCUUCCAGGUUGACGACACUGCUCGUCAAAAACAGCAAGCUUCGCCGGCUACACCAGAAGACGACCCAAUUGCUAUGGCGCUUGCGGAGCUGAAGGGGGUGACGUCGGGGAGUAACAAGAUGAAUGGUAGCGGUGGGGGAAGGGUGUCGGCAGAUCACUAUCAUGGUAUUGCCACGCCCGCUCCUGGAGGGAGGUCGGGGGCGAUGAGUGCAAGCGGAAACAGCGCUGUUGUUGCUGCCAUGAGGGGGACGCCGCCGCCAAGUUAUGAUCAGCAGGUUCAGGUUCAGCGGUUGGGGGUGCCGCCGCCGGCGGUUACGUCCAAGGCGAUGAAGGCGGCUUCGGAGAAGUUUCAAACGCAGACGAGGAGCUUGUUUGAUGGGGGACGGCCGGGGUCUGGUGGGGGUGGUGGGGGGAUUACGCUAGGAGUAUGUCGAGGCCCGGGACGAGGGGGAAUGAUACGGUCAGGGCGGCGAGUCCGGCGCCGACGAGGAGUGCUAGUCCUAGGCCGGGGUCGAGGGCUAGUCCCAGUGUCGGGUAUGGGAAUGGGAGUGCGAGUCCGAAUAUGUUUUCGAGUUCGACGGGGAGUCAGCAUCAGAGUCAGCAGCAUCGGGGGUCUGUGUCGUCGCAGCAGCAAAGGGGGAGUUAUUCUGGUCGGUAUGAGCAGCCCGGGAGGGGGUCGCCGAGCGUGAUGGGUGAUGGGAGGAGUGCGAGCCCGGCGCCGUAUAGUCAGCGGCCGGCGAGUAGUAUGUCGGGACACCAGAAUCAUUCGAUGGCGCUUUCGGUGGCGGGGUCGAUCCCGACGGGUGGUGGUGGGGAUGAGGGGAGUUUGUAUGGGGGGAGUCAGAGGGGGAGGCAUGGGAGGAGCAAUACGGCCGGGAACGUCAGGGCGGGGAGCAGUGGGAAUGUGGUGGCGAGCAAUAUGAGUUUGUAUGAGGGGAGUGGUGGGAAUGGAGGGGCGAGCAGGGCGAGGAGCAAGAGUGUUGCUGCUGGGGGGGCUGGGGGGAGGGAUAGGCAGGUGGGGGAUCCGGGGACGUAUACUAGGGAUGGGAGGGCUAUUAUGCAUUUUGCUCGAGCACUGUAUAUGUACCAAGCGGCGAUUCCGGAGGAGCUGGGGUUUGCAAAGGGGGAUGUUUUGGCUGUGUUGAGGCAUCAGGAUGAUGGGUGGUGGGAGGCGACGGUGCAGGGUGGGAAUGGGCAGGUUGGGUUGGUACCCAGUAACUAUUUGCAGCCUCUGAGUUAGGGGAGUUGCAACAGGGCAAAGGGGAUAUGAUGGGGAAAGGAGAAGAUGGCGAGAGGAGGAUAGUAGGAGGUUAUAGGAUGGAGGUGGAAAAGAAGAUGUGGGAAAGGGGUGAAUCCCUCCGACUUCUUCACGGCGGUAUGGUUGGGGUUGGGUUGGGUUGGUGGAUCUGUCAUGAUUUGUUUUAUAAUGAUGGGGGAUACCAAGGGCUUGGGUUGGACUUAGGAGGGGAUAGCGACGAUUUGGGAUGUCUGAAAUGUGUACACGGAACGAUGGGGUUUGUAUUGAGGAUUUUUGCUCGAGCGAGCUUGUUCUGAUUUUGAUCGAUGGAUUCUUUUUUACUUUUUUUAUUUUUCAGCUUGUUUUCUUCUGCUUUGAUCAUUUUCCGGUUACUGCUACUACGACUACCCCAUUGCUAUGUUGUUGUUUAGUUUUAAGACAGAGAUGGAAAUAAACGUGGUCUACCCAGUUGCAUGUGCGUCGGGAGAGAUAUUUAUCUUUCCUGCUGCCAGGCCGGUAGUAGUUCGUACCAUCGGAGUCAUCAGUUGUUGACAGAUGGGCGUUUACGCCAUCUGCUUCUGUUCUUUAAACACACUCAGACGACCAUGUUCCAGUUACGCCUUCA